AUGGCGCCUCUGGUAACACUGGCUACAUGUGCGCUGAACCAGUGGAGUCUGGACUUUGAGGGAAAUUUGAGGCGCAUCAAACAGAGCAUUAUCAAAGCCAAGGAAGCCGGUGCAACUCUGCGUGUCGGGCCCGAGCUCGAAAUCCCGGGAUAUGGCUGCUUGGACCACUUCCUUGAGACGGAAGUAUAUGAGCACUCGUGGGAUUCUUUGUACUCCAUCCUGACUGAUGAGUCACUGCACGGAAUCAUCAUCGAUGUUGGCUUGCCUCUGCUUCACCGGAACUGCAGAUACAAUGCACGUGCUAUCGUUCUGGAUGGCAAGAUCUUGUGUCUUCGCCCCAAACUGUAUCUCGCCAAUGAUGGCAACUUCCGUGAGAUGCGCUUCUUCACCCCGUGGAACAGGCCCAGGCACGUGGAGCAGUACUACCUUCCACCAAUGAUUCAGAAGCACCAGGGAGCUCGCCAUGUUCCCAUUGGUGACGUGGUUCUCUCCACAAUCGACACUUGUCUGGCGGCUGAGACGUGUGAAGAGUUAUUCACACCUAACAGCCCCCAUAUCAAUAUGGGACUUAAUGGUGUGGAGAUUUUCACUAACAGUAGUGGAAGCCACCACUCACUUCGCAAGUUGGAUGAACGAAUUGCCCUCAUUCAGGAAGCCACUCGUAAGAAUGGCGGUGUCUACCUAUACUCCAACCAACUUGGAUGCGAUGGAGAUCGGCUUUACUAUGAUGGUUGCGCGAUGAUCUUUGUCAACGGUGACAUUGUGGGCCAAUCAAGCCAAUUCUCGCUGAAUGAGGUUGAAGUCGUUGUGGCGACAGUUGAUCUUGAGAAAGUACGAGCUUAUAGAUUUGCCCCAUCCCGUGGCUUACAGGCAGUGGCCGCACCAGAAUAUCAGCGGAUUGAGGUUGACUACUCCCUGUCUCAUGACAAUCUGGACCUUGAGAUCGACCUGCGGCCUACUGCCGCACGGCCGGCACGCUACCAUCUUCCUGAAGAGGAGAUUGCCCUAGGACCUGCCUGCUGGCUCUGGGAUUACCUCCGGCGAUCCAAGGCCGCAGGUUUCUUCGUUCCAUUGUCCGGAGGUAUUGACAGCUGUGCCACUGCCACAAUUGUCUACUCAAUGUGUCGCCUAGUCAUUGCAGCGAUCAAGGAGGGAAAUGAGCAGGUCAUCACCGAUGUUAAGCGGAUUGCCGCCUUCUCUUCGAAUCUUCCCGAGACGGCAGAAGAGCUGUGCAACCAAAUCUUCUGCACUUGCUACAUGGGAAUGGAGAAUCAGAGUAGCAAAGAAACCCGGGACCGUUCGAAGGCCCUUUCUGAGCGGAUCGGAUCGUAUCACACCGAUGUCAACAUUGACAACAUGUUCAACUCUACGAAGAACAUCCUCACUCAGGCCACAGGCUUUGAGCCGAAAUUCAAGGUUCACGGAGGAUCGAACACGUCGAAUCUCGCUCUUCAGAAUAUUCAGGCACGGUCUAGAAUGGUGCUUGCCUACUACUUCGCCCAGGAGCUAUGUGAAGUCCGUAACCGUCCCGGUGGCGGCUCUCUUUUGGUCCUGGGAAGUUCCAACGUGGAUGAAUGUCUCCGCGGAUAUCUGACUAAGUACGACUGUUCGUCUGCUGACAUCAACCCCAUUGGCUCGAUCAGUAAAGUGGAUCUCAAACGGUUCAUCGGCUGGGCGUCCAAGGACUUUGAAAUGCCCAUCCUCUUGGACUUUCUGGAUGCUAUUCCUACGGCCGAACUGGAGCCGAUUACGGCAAACUACGUGCAAAGCGAUGAGGUUGACAUGCAGAUGACCUAUGAUGAGCUCUCGCGUUUCGGAAAAUUGAGGAAAGUGGACCACCUGGGGCCCUAUGGAAUGUUUCUUCGUCUUCUGGACGAGUGGGGUGGCGAGGGGAAACUUAGCCCCCGUGAGAUCGCGCAUAAGGUGAAACUGUUCUUCCACUUCUAUCAGAUCAACCGCCAUAAGCAGACCGUUGCCACCCCGGCUUACCAUGCGGAGAGCUAUAGCCCCGAUGAUCAUCGAUUUGAUCUUCGGCCGUUUGUCUAUCCCCCUGGAUUUGAGAGCUGGUCAUUCAGGAAGAUUGAUGAGCGGGUGAAUGCUUUAGAGAAGCGGAAGAAGAGACAGGAAGCAUAG